CUCCGGACCUUGGGCGAGCCGCGUCCUCUGGGGUGGCCCCGCCCCCGUGUGACUGCCAGACCAGGAAUUGGCGGCGGCGCUGCAACCAUUUCCGGUUUCGGGAAGGUGGGUGCGGUGCGGUGCGGAGCGGGAUUGGAGCGCCGCCGCCGCUGCUCCUCACAGACGCUGCUUUGCCCCCGGUGCUGCUGGGACGAUGCGGCCGGGGCCCGCAGGCUGCUGCUGCCGCCGCCCCGUGCGGGCGAACGGCUGCGUGGCGAACGGGGAGUUGCGGAACGGGUACGUGAGGAGCGGCGCCGGUGUCGCCGCCGCCGGCCAGAUCCAUCAUGUUACAGAAAAUGGAGGACUUUAUAAAAGACCGUUUAAUGAAGCUUUUGAAGAAACACCCAUGCUGGUUGCUGUGCUCACAUAUGUGGGAUACGGUGUCCUCACCCUCUUUGGAUAUCUUCGAGAUUUCUUGAGGCACUGGAGAAUUGAAAAGUGCCACCAUGCAACAGAAAGAGAAGAACAAAAGGACUUUGUGUCAUUGUAUCAAGAUUUUGAAAACUUCUAUACGAGAAACCUUUACAUGAGGAUAAGAGAUAACUGGAAUCGACCAAUCUGUAGUGUACCUGGAGCCAAAGUGGACAUCAUGGAGAGACAGUCUCAUGAUUAUAACUGGUCAUUCAAGUACACAGGGAAUGUAAUUAAAGGUGUUAUAAACAUGGGCUCCUACAACUAUCUUGGAUUUGCACGGAACACUGGCUCAUGUCCAGAGGCAGCUGCCAAAGUCCUAGAGAAGUAUGGAGUUGGAGUAUGCAGCACACGGCAGGAAAUUGGAAACCUAGACAAGCAUGAAGAACUAGAGAAGCUUGUAGCAAGGUUCUUGGGAGUAGAAGCUGCUAUGGCAUAUGGCAUGGGAUUUGCAACAAAUUCAAUGAACAUUCCUGCGCUUGUUGGCAAAGGUUGCCUUAUUCUGAGUGAUGAACUGAACCACGCAUCACUGGUUUUAGGAGCCAGACUGUCUGGAGCAACUAUUCGAAUCUUCAAACACAACAAUAUGCAAAGCUUAGAGAAACUGUUGAAAGAUGCCAUUGUUUAUGGUCAGCCUCGGACACGAAGGCCCUGGAAGAAAAUUCUAAUCCUCGUGGAAGGAAUAUAUAGUAUGGAGGGGUCUAUUGUUCGGCUUCCUGAAGUGAUUGCCCUCAAGAAGAAAUACAAGGCUUACCUGUAUCUGGAUGAGGCUCACAGCAUUGGGGCCCUCGGCCCCACAGGUCGAGGUGUGGUGGAAUACUUUGGCCUGGAUCCUGAGGAUGUAGAUGUUAUGAUGGGAACGUUCACAAAGAGCUUUGGUGCUUCUGGAGGAUACAUUGGAGGCAAGAAGGAGCUGAUCGACUAUCUACGCACUCACUCUCACAGUGCGGUGUACGCCACGUCCCUGUCUCCGCCUGUGGUGGAGCAGGUAAUCACCUCUAUGAAGUGCAUCAUGGGGCAGGAUGGCACCAGCCUUGGCAAAGAAUGUGUGCAACAGUUAGCCGAAAAUACCAGGUAUUUCAGAAGACGCCUGAAGGAAAUGGGCUUCAUUAUUUAUGGAAAUGAAGAUUCUCCAGUAGUGCCUUUGAUGCUCUACAUGCCAGCCAAAAUUGGCGCUUUUGGGCGAGAGAUGCUGAAGCGGAAUAUUGGUGUAGUCGUGGUAGGAUUUCCUGCUACCCCGAUUAUUGAGUCCAGAGCCAGAUUUUGCUUGUCAGCAGCUCAUACCAAAGAAAUACUUGACACAGCUUUAAAAGAGAUAGAUGAAGUUGGGGACCUGCUGCACCUGAAGUACUCCCGUCAUCGACUGGUGCCUCUCCUGGACAGGCCGUUCGACGAGACUACGUACGAAGAAACGGAAGACUGAGCCUUUCUGGUGCUCCCUCAGAGGAACUCCCCUCACCCAGCACAGCGUGCGGCCUUUCUGAGCCAGUCCCCGGAACCGCACUCCUGUGGCCAUCUCAUGUCAAAGGCAUUUGCUCAACUACUGGAGGCGGCCACCUGUAUUCUAAAUGACAUUUUGUAAAUAGUCAAGAACUGCUUCACAUCCUUCCUUUGCUAGAUCUUACCUUUUAAAAAAGAAGUGACUCACUCUGUCCAUUAAAAGCAUUUUAUUUUAUACUUACUCUACUUGUGAAAUCCCGCUGACCCCACCUUCCCUGGCUAAUCACAUAGACAUUGCCCUCUCCAGCCGCCUGGAGGGCUUGGCUCGCCCGCCCUGAGACCCACCGGCCCUGCUUCCCAGGGAGCAAGUGCCUUCCACUGACUUCCAUCCUGGUCUCCGAGGUUACCCUCACGCAGCCCUUACCUACCCAGUCAUGUGGUUAACUGUUCUCCCUUCAGCCUUCAGUUUGGCCUUUUAAGAGGAAACAGUAAGCAGUAGCAGUGCAAAACAGGUCGUGUGUAACUCCUGGCCAGGGGUCUCCAGGGCUCCUGUCUUACCCCGUUUCUUUUUGUUGUUGUUUCUGGUCACCAGAUGAUUUCUUCCUUUGCUGUCAAAUGUGUCUUCCCAUGGUCACAGUCUGAGGGUAUGCGCACAUUUUAGGUUCUUCCCAAGCUGUAAUCCUGAUACUUUUGCCUUCUUGUUUGAACCCUUCACCUUUUUGGAGGCCUUUCAUCCCACCAAGUCAGAUGUCAGUGGUGAAAACUUGUUUUUACUAUUUUGUGUAUAAAGCUGCUCUAUAAGUGAGGGAUGUUCUUGGUGGGGUGAGGGGCAAGGACAGUGUGGGAAGAAUGGAUGAUUUGCAGAAUGUCUGUGGUUGUGUCUCUUUUCGACUUUUCAAGAAUUAUGAUAGCUUCUGGCUGGAUUUGGGUCCAGUUUAGGAUUCAGACUGGUAAAGGAAAAUGCUGGUCAACUCUCUGCUCGGAAAGGACUGCUCAUGUUCCUACUUCACGAUUAAGGUUAGCUUAGUCCUUUUCGAAGCUGAUGCUCUGACUUCUUCUGAGUGCAAAAUCCUUGUGUUCCUGGUGUCCUAACACAGUUUCCACCUGGCAUGUGGGGCUGAAGUCUCCCUGUGCCUCCAUUAUGUGGUUUUUUUUCCCUGAGAAAUUCUGAUCACUUUUCUCUUUCCUAAACUAGAAUAUCCUCUAUUUGGACUCUGUUUUCAUGCUAUAACCAGGUAAGGAGACUUUUUUGCGAGAGCUUUAUACUGCUUCACCAAAGAAUAUACUAAAAAUCACCACCUUGAAGUUAUUUUUUUUCUUUUGACCAAAGCUUAAGUGAAAAGAACUUUUGGCUUUAUUGUACCCAAGAUCAGCUUGUCUUUUAGUGGCCAUUGAGUAUUAGAGGGGAACGAUUGGGAACAGAGUGAAAAAACAUGUAUAAAAGUAGUUUUCCACUUUUCUGUUUUUGAAAAUGUACCUUUUAUUGGUAAAGAUUCCCAAUCCCUUUUCUCCUAGGCAUCUUGUCAUCAGCUGUGGAGUAGUUGUGCAAAUACAUGUUGUGGAGGAUGUAAGCAAUAUUGUUUGUGAAAUUUUGUUUCCAUGUCCUGCAUAUAAAAGUUAUCUUUGGUCACUCUCAGCAUCUGAGAGCUUUUAAGUCCUUGAGAAGUUCCAAGGUUUUAUAUCACUUUUUUAAAGAACAUAAAAGGGUGAGUAAAAGAACCAGGGAGAGAUACAGGAAUGAUAUUUAGCAUGUACAUGUUAAAGUUAAUAGGUUGCGGUAACUAAGUAACUAGUCCUGUAAAAUAAAAUCCAUUGCUAACUUG